GCGGCUCAUUUGCAUUGACGUCAGUAGAGGCUGUAGGUCAAUCCUCGCGCGUGCUUUUAUUGGAUCUGCUGCUGUCAAGCAGCGCUGAAGGACUGGAAAAGACGAGGAGCAGAAAAACACCAUUUAUUCCGCUGCUUUUCUGCCGCUUUCAGGCUCCGAUCCGCUCCGCCGACGCGCUCAGGGUCGAAGCGGAGAAGUCGAGGGCGCAGUUUUUUUUUUGUUUUUUUUUUUUGCGCGGAUCCUGAGCGGGUUACCCGCAGACAAUCUGACAGCCUCUAGCCUACAUCUCUUUUCCUUUUUUUGCUUCUAAAAGAGGAGAAAUCGGAGGCCGUGUGAUUCUGUGCUGAGCGCUUUUCUUUCUUUUUUUCUUCUCUGAAACCGCGGAUUUUUCUUCGUGUCCAUCUCGGAUGCGAGCGCGUGAGCACACCGCCUCGGAAACUGCGCUUUUUUUGGGUGUAAAAUGUCCCUUUUGGGUGCAGAAAGGCGCAGGAUUAAUCCGCCGCAGUAAUGCUGAGGGAAUAUUUUCGCCUGUUGAAACGCUGUGAAGCGCACAAGAUCUCCUCCGUCACCAAAAGCUGAUUUUCUCUCUCCAGAUUUCAGGGUGGAGUAAAAAAAAAAAAAAAACAUAAAAAAAUAAAACAAGGCCAAACAUGGAUCAAACUCCGGCCUGGAACUAACUACAAGACUACAUUUCUUUCUUUCUUUCUUUCUCUUCUGUUCUUUUCUUUUCUUUUCUUCUUUUGAAAAGAGGUUACAGUGACAUAAUGACGGAGUGGUGAUGAUGAUGAUGAUGAUGAUCAUAAUGAUGAUGGUGAUGAAGAUGAAGAAGAUGAUGAUGAUGAUGGUGAUGAUGAUGGUGAUGUGGAAUGAAGUGGGUUUGAUCUAAAAUGGAGCUCCAUGGAGUUUGAGCGCGAGAGGAAAUCUGUUUCCUGGUCAGGGGGGUGGGGGGGAAAAGGAAGAUAGACUAUUAUUAUUAUUAUUAUUAUUGUUAUUAUUAUUAUUAUUAUUAUUAUUAGUAUCAUCAUUUUUUAUUAUUAUUAUUAUUAUUAUCGUUAUUAUUAUUAUUAUUAAUGCAUUCAAACAGGGAAAUAAAGGACAAAAAGAGAAGGAGAAGAAGAAGAUAAUCAAGUGGAGAACGUAAUGUUCCUGGCCUGGUUUGGAGAACUUAUGUGGAGUAUCUAAAGGGUCUUCUAGGUGGACGUUUAAAAAAAAAAAAAAAAAAAAAAAAAAAAAGUGGAGAACGUGACCAGGCCUGGGUUGGAGGAGAAGAACUCAACGAGAAGAACUAGAGAACAUAAUGUGCCUGGCCUUGUUUGUAGGACUUUGUAGAUGCUGAGUAUCUAAAAGGGCCUUCUUAGUGGACUUAAGGAAAAAAGAAGUAGAGGAACAAGCGGAGAACGUAACAGGCCUGAUCUGAAGGACUCAAGUCAAAGGGAAGAAGAAGAUAAUCAAAAGGAGAACGUAUCUCAGCUUGGAUUGGAGGAAUUGAGAAGAUCAAGAAGUCGACUGGGGAAUCUAAGAGGCCUUGCGUGGAGGAUUUAAACUAGAGAACAUAACGUGCCUGGUCUUUUUUUUUUUUUGGAGAACUUGCUAUAAAUCAUAGAGGCUUUCUAUGAGGACCUAAGAAAAGGACAUACGGUUUGGUCUGGACAAAGAAAGGAGGAUUGGAGAACCUGAGUGAAAAAGAAAGACCUAGCUAGGCGUCCUGGCUUGGAGGACAUAACGAGACGAGAAGAAGAAGAGAAGAAGAGGAAGAAGAAGCGGGAGUGAAGCAUGGGCUGUGCUUCCAGCAUCCAUAUCUCGGAUCGGGUGGUGUAUCACAGUGGAAAAGAGUCCGAGGACUGCCCCCCACACUCCCCCCCGCAGGGCAACAACACCCAGAACUGCCCCAUCAAGGCCUCUGAGUACAAGAGCUCACUGACCGAGGUACAGUUUGGACCAAUGAAGUUAUAUGAAGAUCAGAUUCAGGUACUGUUGGUGUUCAGUAGAGAGGACAGUCAGAGCGGGGGUUUCAGCAGUGCGUGUGAGAAGGCGGGGUUUAAGUUCAGCGUUGCUCGGUCACCUGACGCUGCGCUGCACUGCUUCCUGGAGAAACACCAUGACAUCAUCAUCAUCGACCACCGACAUUCCAGAAACUUCAACGGAGAGCAGCUCUGCCGCUCUAUCCGUGCUCUCAGCUCCUCUCAGAACACUGUUAUUGUUGCUGUUGUGAAAAGGCCGGAUCGUGAAGAAGCCACUGUGAUGCCUCUCUUGUCUGCUGGAUUUAACAGGCGCUAUAUUGAGAACUCUAAUGUGAUGGCCUGCUACAAUGAACUCAUCCAACUCCACCAUGGAGAGAUCCGCGCUCAGAUCAAACUCAGAGCCUGUAAUGCCAUUUUCACAGCGCUGGAACAGAGUCAGGACGCUAUUGAGAUCAGCAACGAAGACCAGCUAAUACAAUAUGUGAAUCCGGCGUAUGAGAGUGUGAUGGGAUAUCAGCAUGGAGAGUUAAUGGCGAAGGAGAACAUUGAAGUGCCUAAAAGUGAGAAGAACAAACCAGACCUGCUGGAGAGCAUCAACUCCUGCAUCCGCAAGGGCAAGGAAUGGCAGGGUCUUUAUUAUGCCAAAAAGAAGAACGGCGACAGCGUGCAACAGAAUGUGAAGAUCACACCUGUCAUUGGACAGGGAGGUAAAGUCAGACACUAUGUGUCCAUAAACAGGCCUUUAAAUGACAAUAACAAGUCUGAACGGUCAGGUGAGCGAGUCCAGGCUGAAUCACAGACAGACAUUCAGUCCAGUAAACAUAAAGACCGGAGGAAAGGAUCGCUAGAUGUACGAUCAACUACAUCACGAGGGAGUGACGGAAGUUCUCAAAGGAGACACUCGUCUAUGGCUAGAAUUCACUCCAUGACCAUAGAAGCUCCUAUCACUAAGGUGAUAAACAUCAUUAACGCGGCUCAGGAGAGCAGUCCGAUACCGGUGGCCGAGGCUCUGGAUCGAGUGCUGGAGAUUCUCAGAACAACAGAACUCUACUCACCUCAACUUGGCACCAAGGACGAGGACCCACACACUAGUGACCUUGUUGGGGGACUGAUGACGGACGGGCUGCGAAGGUUAUCAGGGAAUGAGUACAUCUUCUCAGCGAAACAACCGCAUCACAUCCCGAGUCACCUGACCACGCCUCUGUCUCUGAACGACAUCCCGCCGCGAGUCGCACAAACGAUGGAGAACGAAGAAUCAUGGGACUUUGACAUCUUCAGUCUGGAGGCGGCAACCAUGAAAAGGCCGCUGACGUAUUUGGGGCUAAAGAUCUUCUCGCGGUUCGGAGUGUGUGAGUUCCUGAACUGUUCGGAGGCGACGCUGCGCUCGUGGCUGCAGGUCAUCGAGGCUAAUUAUCACGCCAGCAACUCAUACCAUAACUCCACCCACGCUGCUGACGUGCUGCACGCCACCGCCUACUUCCUGUGCAAGGAGCGUGUAAAGCAAAGUCUGGAUCCGAUUGAUGAGGUAGCGGCUCUGAUUGCGGCAACGGUGCACGACGUCGAUCAUCCAGGACGAACAAACUCCUUCCUGUGUAACGCAGGAAGUGACCUCGCUAUUUUAUAUAAUGACACAGCCGUGUUGGAGAGUCACCACGCCGCACUCGCCUUCCAGCUCAGCACACGGGACGACAAGAGCAACAUCUUUAAGAACAUGGAGAGGAACGAGUACCGGACGUUGAGGCAGGCCAUCAUCGACAUGGUUCUCGCCACUGAAAUGACCAAACACUUUGAACACGUCAACAAAUUCGUCAACAGCAUCAACAAACCACUUGCUGCCUUGGAGGAAAACGGGAGUAACAGUGAUGACGAUGUGAAGGGGAUCCUCAGUGUGGCGGAGAACCGGAUGCUGAUCAAGCGGAUGCUGAUAAAGUGUGCUGACAUCUCGAACCCCUGCAGGCCGUUGCAGCUCUGUAUCGAGUGGGCGGGGCGUAUCUCUGAGGAGUACUUCGCUCAGACGGAUGAAGAGAAAAGACAGGGUCUGCCCGUGGUAAUGCCUGUGUUUGACCGGAACACCUGCAGCAUUCCCAAAUCCCAGAUUUCCUUCAUCGACUACUUCAUCACGGACAUGUUCGAUGCCUGGGAUGCUUUUGCUGAUUUGCCAAAUCUCAUGCAGCAUUUAGACAACAACUUUAAAUAUUGGAAAGGUUUGGACGAACGCAAACUACACAGCUUGAGACCACCGCCGGAGUAGUUCAACACCGACAGACACACACACACACACACACACACACACACACACACACACACAAACACAGUGAACACUACGGCUCCGUCUCUCUCAUGGACUGAAUAAAAGCGUCUCUCUCUAAACCUGGACUUUAUGAUGGUGUGAGACUCGACGCCCCCUGCUGGUUAAAAUGAACACACACUCGGACUACACGUGUGGCCUUCCUGCGCACGGCUUUACAGGGUGUGUGUGCGCGUGCGUAUGUGUGUGUGUGUGUGUGUGUGUGUGAAGAGCAUCAGGAAACACUAAGAUCAUCCCACCUCACUCUGAUCCUCUACUCACCCGUUCACUCAUUUGUCUGUUUGUAUUUAUUUUUGUUCUUUUCGUUAUUUUCUUUGUUGUUCUACACUAAUCAUUAAUGAUGCGAGUGAUUUGUAGCUAAACCGAUGAAUCUCAGAAGCCAAAGCUGAUUAACACGCACGAACAAUAAUCCUACGACUCAUGUCAUUAGCAUAAACAUGUCUAUUUUUUUAACUGAAUGACGUUACUUCCUGUUGCACUGUAGAGGGUUGGGCAUGUGCCGAUCAUCGGUUAGACGAUAUAUCACGAUAUUCAACACGCACAAUAUUAUCUUUAACUAAUAUCAUUCAGGAGGAGGCUGUGUAGGUGUAGAGAUAACGUUUUCCUCUGAAGGGCCUUAGUUUGGAGACUGAGAGAGCAGUGGAGGUGUGUGUGUGGGUCCCUCAGAGAAAGCAAUUCACUUCUCUUUCUUUCUCUUCUUUUGAUUUUCCUCUUAUUUUUAUCUUUACUUC